AUGGGGCAGACCAAUGUAACCUCCUGGAGGGAUUUUGUCUUCCUGGGCUUCUCCAGUUUUGGGGAGUUGCAACUCCUUCUCUUUGUCUUGUUCCUCUCUCUGUAUCUCGUCACUCUGACCAGCAAUGUCUUCAUUAUCAUAGCCAUCAGGCUGGAUAGCCAUCUGCACACCCCCAUGUACCUCUUCCUUUCCUUUCUAUCCUUCUCUGAGACCUGCUACACUUUGGGCAUCAUACCUAGGAUGCUCUCUGGCCUAGCUAUGGGGGACCAGGCUAUCUCCUAUGUGGGCUGUGCUGCUCAGAUGUUCUUUUCUGCCUCAUGGGCCUGUACUAACUGUUUCCUUCUGGCUGCCAUGGGCUUUGACAGAUAUGUGGCCAUCUGUGCUCCACUGCAUUAUGCCAGCCGCAUGAAUCCUACCCUCUGUGCCCAGCUGGUUGUUACUUCCUUCCUGAUUGGAUACCUCUUUGGACUGGGAAUGACACUAGUUAUUUUCCACCUCUCAUUCUGCAGCUCCCAUGAAAUCCAGCACUUUUUUUGUGACAUGCCGCCAGUGCUGAGCCUAGCCUGUGGGGAUACAGGCCCCAGUGAGCUGAGGAUCAUUAUCCUCAGUCUUUUGGUCCUCUUGGUCUCCUUCUUCUUCAUCACCAUCUCCUACGCCUACAUCUUGGCAGUGAUACUGAGGAUCCCCUCUGCUGAGGGGCAGAAGAAGGCCUUCUCCACUUGUGCCUCACACCUCACAGUGGUCAUUAUUCAUUACGGCUGUGCCUCCUUCAUGUACCUGAGGCCGAAAGCCAGCUACUCUCUUGAGAGAGAUCAGUUUAUUGCCAUGACCUAUAUUGUAGUGACCCCCCUCCUUAACCCCAUUGUUUAUAGUCUAAGGAAUAGGGCUGUACAGACAGCUCUGAGGAAUGCUUUCAGAGGGAGAUUGUUGGGUAAAGGAUGA